AAUGUGCCCCAGCACAAUGGUUGGGAAUCACUGCUUUAGAGGUUCCGCUAGCUGAAAAAAGGGGAGUCGGCAUACCAGAUAGUUUUGGGUGCUGAUAUUCACUUUCAAUCAUUCAUCGGCAGGUUUUUGACCACCUCUGUUACUUUUUAACCACUCCAUAUCUCAGAUAGCCACUUUGUAUGUGCUCUCCCCUCACCCAAAACAGGUGGGAGCGCUACUGAGGAGUUGAAUGAUUAAGCCAAGGCCGUUUUCCUGAGCCAAAGCUGCAAUUUUAUUUAUUUUUUGGCGGGGGGAGGGGGGUGGGGGGUUCCACCACAGAGUCUGACAGUUUGAAUUUUGAGACUCCACCUUCUGCCGCCUAUAUGAACGAUUGGGCCCGUUGACGGCACAACGAGAGGACAACGAGAAGACAUGCCUUCGGCCGGACUGGAGAUACUCGGAGUGGUGCUGGCCGUCCUGGGAUGGAUCCUGGGCCUGACGUCGUGCGUUCUGCCAAUGUGGAGAGUGUCGGCCUUCAUCGGUGUCAACAUUGUCACGGCGCAGACCAUCUGGGAGGGUAUCUGGAUGAAUUGCGUGGUGCAGAGCACGGGUCAGAUGCAGUGUAAGAUCCACGACUCCAUGUUGGCCCUCAGCGGCGAUCUGCAGGCCGCUCGGGCUCUCACCAUCAUCUCCAUAGUGGUGGGCCUGUUGGGGAUUCUGAUGUCCAUGAUGGGGGCCAAGUGCACCAAUUGUGUGGAGGAGGAGCGGGCCAAAGCUCGGGUGAUGAUCGGGGCCGGGGCGGCGUUCAUCUUGGCGUCUGUGACCCAGCUCAUCCCGGUGUCGUGGUCGGCCAACGCCAUCAUCAUGGAGUUCUACAAUCCCGUCAUCCCUGAGGCCCAGAAGAGGGAGAUCGGUGCAGCUCUGUACGCCGGUUGGGCCGCCGCCGCCUUCCUGCUACUGGCGUGGAUCCAUCUCAUCUGA